GCUCCGGCUGGAGGAGGAAAAGUCGAGGGGACUGUGGGAGUCCCUGAGCGCGCAGUUCGGGAGGUGAGGUCAGGCGUUUCCCCUUUGGCUGGCCCCACUGUCGAGUGUUUUUUUUUCCCUCUGCAAACACCGAGAGGUUUAUUACCGUUCUAUCAGAGGGGAUAUUACACGUUCGGGUGGAUGCACACGUACUUGGUGCGCUGAGCAAAACACGCACGGUGGUUUAUCUAGGAAAACAGUGAUGGUGGACAAUUCCAGUAGCAGCAAAGCGCAAGUGCCCAGCUUGUCUCAGGACAGCGGUCUGGCUGGUGCAUUUUCUCAGGUGGCUUUCGGAAGUGCGGCUGGAGUCAAACUGGAGGCGGUUAUGGAGCAGCUCCAGAGACAACAACAAGUUAAACUGGAGAUGGAGCGCAAGGAGAGACACCUCAGGGAAGCCCAUAUUCUGUACACCCAGCAGCUGGCUGCACAGCAAGCCAUCAUGGCCUCCGCCAGAGCUCAGGGCACCCCAUUAACCCCUGAUUUCUACAGCAAAAACUCCAGAGACAGAGCGCUGAAAGGCGGCCAGGGGCCUCAAACUGUCAGGGGGCCCAUGAAAACUGGCUCUGACCAAGUACACGAGGAAGACGCUGCUGAUGAGAUGGACAGAGGAAGAGGGUCAGAGGGGGACGAAGACGACGACGAUGAGAUGAUGGAUGGGGAAGACGGUAGCGAAGAAGAGGAAAGCGAAGGCUUGGAGUUCCUCAGGAAGCAAAGUCUUGCUCUUCAGCAAGUGUCUGUCGGAGUUCCUCCGUAUACAUUCCCCGUCUAUGCCGCAUCGCCAUCCGCUGCUAAAAAACGUCCCCUGUCGCCGACCACUAAGGUGAAAGACGAACCGGAAGACUCCCUUCCCGACCAACAAUCGUUCAGCACACCAAACGGACUGGCUGAUUGGAGCCUCGAUGACUCAUUCAAACAGAAUGGAAAUUCAAGUUGGAACGAGGAAGGCGAGGGUGGGAGAAGCCGAGGAGAGGCCUCCAGAGACUUUGCCAAGCUUUACGAACUGGACAACGACCCACAACGGAAGGAGUUCCUCGACGACCUCUUUGCAUACAUGCAGAAACGAGGUACACCUGUGAAUCGAAUCCCCAUCAUGGCCAAGCAGGUGUUGGAUCUGUACAUGCUGUAUAAGCUGGUGACUGAGAAGGGAGGUCUGGUGGAGGUAAUAAACAAGAAGAUCUGGAGGGAGAUCACCAAAGGCCUGAACCUGCCCACCUCCAUCACCAGCGCCGCCUUCACCCUGCGCACACAGUAUAUGAAGUACCUGUACCCAUACGAGUGUGAGAAGAAGGGUCUGAGUUCCCCUGGAGAGCUGCAGGCGGCCAUCGACGGUAACCGCAGAGAGGGCCGUCGCCCAGGAUACAGCAACAGCCUGUACCGCUUCUCCCCUUCCCCCAGUGCAUCAGCCCCUCACCUCCUCUCUCCUCCUAAAAUGCACCUGCCAGCCACGGGACAUAACGGACUGCAGGCAACCCCCAGUCCUGCCCUGAAGACAGCCACAGUCCCAGAGGACGGUCCAGCCUCCAUGUUGCCGGGUCGACUCCCCCUAGCACUGGCUCUCGGGCAUCAGCAGCAGCUGGCACGGGCCGCCACCCUGGAGCAGCUGAGGGAGAGGCUGGAGACCGGCACGCUGGAGGGGCCCGAGAGGAAGAUGGCACGUCUGGCGGAGGAGCAGCAGAGGCUACUGCAGCAGGCUUUCCAACAAAACCUGCUGGCCAUGGCAUCCCAGGUGAACCCCGCCAACCUGCGGAUGAACAACACCAACACCCGCGAGGACAAACAGGACCUGUCUCUCAGCAUCUCUUCUAAUGGCUCUGCUAGCAUUAAUGUGUCUGUGGAGGUCAAUGGGAUUAUUUACUCAGGAUCCUUAUAUGCUCAGAAGUCUGGAGCUGUUCCCACCGCUGUCACAGCCAUGUUCGCAGGCCAGACCUCCACCCUCAGUCCCCGUAUCCCCUCUUCCUUCUCCUCUUCCUCCUCAAAGGGCUCUGACUCUGUGGAACCGGCCACAGGAGGGUCACCCUAACGGUCACCAGCUCCACGUACAAAACAGCCAGUCAGUCCAACCCAAACUACAGUCUUUCCUCCGAGCGGCGGGAGCCGUUCUGCCCUCUAGAGGCGACAUAGCAAAUCCCAGUCUGCCUCCCGCACAAGCCACAGCUGUGUUUUCUCCUUCCAGUGAAGAGAGGACCACACACAUACACUUUUACAAACUCAUCAGCUGUUAAAGCUCAUCACGGACCCCACCUUCUCUUUUCUACAAGAUGUUUUCUCAGGACUGAGAAGGUUUUUAAAGAUGUUUGAUUCAACAGAAUACCUCAGCUGUCUUAAUCUCAGUGCUAUCGUGAGUGGAAACACUUCGGUCGGUGAUCGUGUAAUCAUGCCUUUCCGCACCCACAGUCAUUCACUCACAGAGAUCUGCGAAGCAAUCAUGGCAUGAUCAAAUCUACUUCUGCCAAAGUCACAUUUGUGAGGUUGUGGUUGACACUUUUUCUCUUUUUUGCUGUCUAUUAAUUCUCUUAUUUAAAGUUUGCUGAAUUUACCUCAUCUGCAGUGAAUUUAAAAGACUCAGGAUCGAUUAUGAUACUGCUGUGUUGCUCUGUCUAAUUUGAUGGAUUUUUAAAAAAUGCUACAAUCCCCAUCAAGUGUUGCAAAGUUGGUUUGGUAAGAAAAGGGGUCACAGAUAUUCUUUUUUCCUUUUUUAAAAAUUAUUUACUUGAUUUUAUUGUUUUCUAUUUCCGUUGUUUUUUAGCUUCUAGAUACAGAAAUAUUAAUAUGAUUUGAAAAGAGUUUUGAGUUUGAAACUGCAUUUUACACAGCGGAGAGGUUUUGGUUUUUUGUUCUUAUUUAGACAUUUACAGGCAACAGUUUGGUUGAAAGAUUUUUCUCUACCUCAGACACAAGACAAUGUAUGGUUGAAAGGAAAUUAUGUGGACACACUGUUUGUGUCGCACAUGUCAGUCAUUUCAGUGCGUUGGACGAUCAUUUACAGGCUCGUAAAUAUAAGGGCCUUGAUUAAUGUACUAUUCUUCUACUCUGCUGCGCAUUCGAGUUCUUUAAAACAAACCAGGUCACGGAAAAGCAGGAUAACAUUCAAAUCAAAGGAAGAUUGGAUGUUUUUUUUAUUUUGUAUUUUUAGUUGUUGAACUUCAGACCUCACGUAUCUUUCCAUAUUGGAAAGCGAGUUUCUCAGGAAUUGUAUUUUUUUUUUCCUUCAUAAAACUUUUACUUCAGAACCUCGACGCAGUCUCGCUCCUGAAACGAAUGACACUAGAUAUAACUCGGACGGUGUGGGACUGAAAUAUCUACCUCACUCAGGUUUUACCUCGGAUGUAGUUCAAUGCCUGCAGUACAUCACUGAAUUACCUCAGAAGUACUGCUGUCUUUUAAUGCAAAAAAUAUCUCUCAGGUAAUGAAUUAGCAAAAUACCUCAGUGAAAGGCAGAACUACGUUAAUACGGCAGUGCGAGAUGAGAUUAUUGUUUGAAGAGUUAAAUGCAGUAUCUCAUAUCCAUGAAGUAUUGAUUAUCGCAAAAACUGUCUUCCAGUACUUCCAAUACACUUCCAGUAACAAUCAAGGCUUGUUGGCUGGUUAUGUUCACGUACUCAUGCUGAUUUAGCCUCGUCAACAAUUAGCUUUACAUUUUAGCUGUUUAGAAAUCCUGCAUUUGCUUGACCCUGGGACCUGCUGGGAUACAGACACUUUUAGUUUCUUCGGUUUUAAUUUCUAUAUUCUUCAGAUAUCGGCAUAGCUGAAAACCAAAGACCAUGUGUUUGUUAUCCUCUUUGAUGACCUCACUGUAUGGACACAUGCAACUUUACACAAUGAAAUUAAAGUCUGAUC